AUGCUUGAACAUUUUCUUCGGCCAAAAUUGAACGAUUUUUUUCAUGAGUAUGGACAACAAAAUGUGUGGUUUCAACAAGAUGGUGCAACAGCGCACACAGCUCAUCGUUCACUCAGCAUUCUGCGAGAAAUGUUUCCUGAGCAUAUCGUCUCAUUGCGAGGUGACAUUGGAUGGCCGCCACGUUCACCAGAUUUGAACCCAUGUGAUUUUUUUCUCUGGGGAUAUCUAAAAGCCCAAGUGUACCAACAUCGUCCACAAACUUUGGAAGCUCUGAAGGAAGUAAUAACCCAGGAAAUUGCUGCUAUUCUGCCCGAAAUGACCCGUAGAGUUAUAGAAAAUUACCGAGAAAGGCUCAAUCAGUGUAUCCAAAAUGAGGGCGGCCAUUUAACUGAUAUUAUUUUUAAAAAUAAUUAA